AUAAAAUUUUCUAUUCUUAGAUUUUCUUUUUUCUUUCUUCUGGUGCUCUUCUCCUACCUCUACAUAUAUCUCCUAAAACCUAAAUCUAAUAUAAGCUUUAUGAUAUGUAAAGAAGCGUUGAUAAUUGAGAGAGGGCCUGAAGAGUAGGUUCGACCCUCCCCCUGUUGAAUCUAUUGGACAAAGGCCCCCCCUUACAGAUUAGUUAGAAUUUUAGGAUAACCUUAAUUUUUUGUGUGAAUUAAGGUAAGAGCGAAAAGGUGAUGAAUGAGGUAUCUUUAUAGCUGGGUUCCUUUUUUCUCGAAUAGAAGCAGAGGUUAGGAGGAAAACAAAAUUUUGCGUUUUCUAUUUUUAGAGGAGAAACAAAAUGAGGGGUGUUGUUAAACACCCACAAUUUAAAGAUCAAAAACCCUUUAAAAGUCAAUUCCAUUUUGACUUGGGUUAAAUAACCCCAAUUUAUAGACAUAUAACCCACAAAUUUUGUGGUUUUAUUAGGGAACUAAAUUGUGGACAAUCUUUGUUUUAGUCCAUUUAUUUGUUUUAGUAGGUUUGAAUGAUAACUGAGCACUACCAUCCUCAUUUCUUUCUCUCUUAUGUAGUCAACAAAAAACAAUCAACAUAUUCUUCAUUUUCUCCGGUUCGAAAGAGAUCUCACACACAUAGACAAAUAUUUCAUUCUUUCUUUUUUUUUUUCUCAAAAACAAACAGAUGGCUUAUAUAUGUUUUCAGUUCUGUGAAAAACAAUAGAAGGGGUAGUGGUUAUCUGGUGAUGGUCGACUGUGAGAAAACGAAGAUCAAGGUGAUGGUUUCGGUUUAUGAGAAACACAAAUGCAACAUGUGGCUUUAUUGGUGGUAGUGUCUUUGGGUUAAACCCGAGGUGACAAUGGUUACCGGUGUUGGUUUGGCGGAGGUAGAACUCACGGUGAUGUUUGUUUCCGGUCACAACAGGUGGUAUAAGGUGGUCGUUUCCUGUUUGGAGGUUUGGCUAUGGUAUUGGUAAGGUUAUUCACGAAGGUGAUGAUGGAUGUUCUCGAGGUUCACAGGCGCUGGUUUAAGGGAGUCGUGAAGGUGGUGGCUAUGUGAAAUGAUGGAGCUGAGAUGUUCGGUUAUUGUGUUCUUCGAGGAGAGUGGACAUGGGCGAAGGUUGUAUAGGGCCCUGAUUUUUUUUAUUAGAAGUCUAAAUAGCCCAUGUUUUUUUUAUCCAUAUUAAGCCAUACACAUUAAAAAAUUGGGCUGACCCUAGUGCUUUCCAAUAGUCCGAAUGAAACAAAAGAAGGGAUCGUGAUUGUCUUUGCAUGCUGCUGACCUGCUGUGCUGCACGCUAAAGUCUCCAUCUACUGUCGCUGCAAGGCUUGUUGCCAUGCGCCCCUGCUAGAAUCAAUUGCUUAAUCAGAUACAAUCAUACAAAGCUUACAAUUUUAUGGGAAAGAUGAAAACCAUUGAUUCUUUUUUCAAAAGAAAGAAUGAUGAUGAAGAAACUCAUAAUGAAAAUCAACAAAGUAAACAUCACAAAGUUUCAACAAGUGAGCCGCAACCGCAAGAACAUGAAAAUCAACAAGAGAAUGAUAUUUUUAAAGCUACACAAUCAAAUUCUAAUGAAGUGGAUCUUAAAAAUCUAGAAGAGAUCCCGCUAAACGAAAACAAAUGUGGGAAUAUCCGGUUAAUUUAAGGGAAUAAGUAAGACGAGCUUAUAUGACUUUAGGACCUUUCCAAAUACAUCUUCAAGAAUAUCAUGCUAAAGGUUCAAAGAAACAUCCUUGUAGAUUCCAAUAUUCUUGGUUCAACAUUUUCCCUAAUUGGUUAGAGUAUUCUCCAACAACACAUGUUUUUUAUUGUUUUAUUUGUUAUAUAUUUAAUGAUAAACCAAGUGUGUGCAAUGGUUACGAUGCAUUUACUGUUAAAGGAUUUGACAAUUGGAAAAAAGUUAAUGAUGGGAAAAAGUGUGCAUUCUUGAAGCACUUAGGUUGUUCACAACAUAGAAAUGUUGUUCACAACAUAGAAAUGCUGUUACAUUUGCUGAAAACUUGAUGAAUCAAGCAACACACAUUGAAAAUAUGAUAGUGAAGCAAAAUGAAGCACAAAUACUAAAGAACCGUUUACGAUUAAAAGCUUCAAUUGACACAGUUCGUUGGUUGACAUUCCAAGCUUGUGCUUUACAAGGCCAUGAUGAAACGCCUAACUCCAAAAAUCGAGGUAAUUUUCUUCAACUACUAAAACUUCUAGCUUCUUAUAAUGAUGAAGUUGCAAAUGUUAAAUUAGAGAAAACUCCUUAUAAUUCAAAGUAUACUUCUGGAGAUAUUCAAAAAGAAAUUCUGAGUAUUAUUGCAAAUAAAGUUCGGAAGCAUAUUCGUAGUGAAGUCGGGGAUUCAUACUUUUGUGUCAUGGUCGAUGAGUCACGAGAUGAGUCUAAAAAAGAGCAAAUGGCCAUAGUUUUGAGAUUUGUUGAUGCAGAAGGGAUCAUACGGGAAAGGUUCUUGGAUUUGGCUCAUGUUAGGGACACAUUAUCAUUAACCUUGAAAACAAAUAUGUGGACCCAACUUUUGCACUAUCAGUUUGAUGUUAGUAAAAUCUGUGGCCAAGGUUAUGAUGGUGCUAGUAAUAUGAGAGGGAAAUGGAAUGGAUUGUGGGCACUUGUUCUUAAGUAUUGUCCUUAUGUGUAUUAUGUUCACUGCUUCGCUCACAGAUUACAACUAGCAUUGGUGGCUGCUUCAAGGGAAAUUAUUCCUAUACACCAAUUUUUUACAAACUUAAUUUUUAUAAUUAAUGUAGUUUGUGCUUCUAGUAAACGUCAUGAUAAGUUACAAAAGGGAAAUGCAACUGAGAUUGAACAUUUAUUGGAACUUGGUGAAAUCGAAUCAGCUAUAGGAUUGAAUCAAGUUGGGACAUUAAGAAGAGCUGGUGAUACACGUUGGGGUUCUCAUUUUCGUUCCAUUUUCAGUUUGCUUAGCAUGUUUGAUUGUACUCAUGUUGUUCUCCAGGGAAUAAUUGAUUAUGUAUCAACUACUUAUUCUCAACGCGGAGAUGCUGAUGUAGCUUAUUGUUUCCUGAAAUCAUUUGAGUUUGUUUUUAUUCUUCAGUUAAUGAAAGAAGUAAUGGGAAAAAUUGAUAUACUUUCUCAAGUUCUACAAAAGGAAUCCCAAGAUAUUCUUAAUGUCAUGGAGUUAGUUUCAACAACAAAGGAGAGUCUAAAUGAUUUCAGGAACAACGGAUGGGAUUCUUUAUUUGCACAGGUAAAGUUAUUUUGUGAGAAACAUCAAGUAGAUAUGCCGGAUAUGAAAGCUCCAUAUACUUCUACUCGAUACCAGCCUCGGAAAAACGAUAAUCAUGUUACUUUUGAACAUUUUUAUCGUGUAGAUUUGUUUACAUCCAUAUUGGACAAAUAGUUACAUGAGUUUAAUAGUAGAUUCAAUGAUAAAGCGAUGGAGUUGUUAAGUCUUAGCUUUACUUUAGUUUCAAAAGAACACCCUAAAGUGAUUAACAUUGAUCAGAUUUAUCUUCUCGUUGAAAAGUAUUAUCCUUAAGAUUUUACGGAGCAAGAGAGAAUUCACUUACGAUAUCAAUUGGAGAUUUUUAAUAUUGAUAUGACAAAGAAUCCCAAGCUAAGUGGUGUAUCAACUAUUGCUGACCUAUGCAAGGGUCUUGUAGAAACUCAGAAACGUGAGACAUAUUAUUUGCUUGAUAGAGUGGUUCGGUUAAUCUUGACACUUUCAGUUUCUACCGCAACAACAGAGAGGGGCUUUUCAGCAAUGAAAAUAUUUAAGAAUCGCCUUCGCAAUAAGAUGUUAGAUGACUUUCUCGCAAACAACUUGGUGGUUUACAUAGAAAGAGAAAUUGCUGAAAACAUUGAUACGAAGUCAGUAAUUGAUGAAUUUAAAGACCUUAAAGGUCGUCGGGCUGAGUUGUAAUUCUUCUUUUAGGUAUUUUUGGUGUUUAGUUGUUGAAAAAAAAUUGUUUUUUUUAUGUAUAAGAACCGUAAUUAUAGGUAUUUUUGGUGUUUAAUUGCUGGAAAAAAUGGUUAUUUUAUGUGUAAAAACAUUAAAUUUAGUUUUCUAAUACUUUUGCCCCCCCCCCCCCCCCCAAGCCCAAAUGAAUCGUUCAAGCUCCGCCCCUAAGAGUGGAACGUGGUGGGAUUCGGCUAUGGUGGUUUAUGAGGGUGAGAUAAAGAGGGGUUGCAACGGGGUGAAGAUAUGUCGAUGGUGUUGGCGGUAUUGGUGGUUGAAGCGGUAGUUAAAGGUAGUUGUUGUUUCUGGUUUAAAUGGGUUUCGAUGGGGGUGGUAUAUGGAGCAGGUGGGUCGAUUUGGUUGUCAAUUGUGGGAUUCGAAUGAUCUAAGGUGGUAUUAGCAGUGGUUAAUGGGUGGAUUCUGGCUGGAGUUCUUGGGUUUGGGUGGGGUGGUGUAAGGAUGGUUUAAUGGUGGUAUAAGGAGGAGUUUGUGAGCUUGGUUGUUAGAGGGAUAAGGUGGUCAUGUGCUUCAAGAGGUUGUACCUAGACAACAAAAAUAUUGACGCAUAAGCAAAAUUCAAAGUCAACAUGAGAAAAUUGGUCAACAAAUGUCAAUCUAGCAAAGGGGUAACCGGUUGGCCCCUUUACUUUAGCCAAAAAGACGCAAUCGACCUGAAAAAAAUGACUUUCUUCCCUUAUAAAAUCACAAAAAAAAAAGUUUAGGGACUUAAUGAUUAAUCCUAGAAAGUUUGUAAGGCAUUUAUGUCAUUUCCCCUUUUAUUUACCAUUGAAACAAUCAUUUUAUCAAAUAUUAAAUAUUUUUUACAUCUUUACUCCCUUCUAGUUAAAACUUAUUUCAAUCUAUAUCCUUUUUCUAUUAUGAAAAAUUACU